AUGGACCAUAAACAGAAUCAACCACCUUUAACUGUCAAAGAACCUUGUUAUCGUUGUGCAUGUGGGAGAUUAAUUCCGAUUAGUGAAAUCACGAGCAAACAAUUAAUAUCUCCAAGGACGACUGCUUAUCAUGAAACCGUGUCUUCUUCACGGUUACCACAUAUAUCAGCUCGUCGUCUUAUAGAAAAAGCAGAAAGAUAUAUUCACAUUGAUGGUCCAUGUAAAACUUUAAUGGAUGAUGUUUGCGAUUUUACUCCGGGACAGAAUGGGUUUUCA